GACCACCUCGCUCUCUGGGCCCGCCUGCAAGCAGCCUUUUCCCUGCUUCUUCCCUCGUCCCCCCUCACCUCGACCACUCCGCGCUUCGUUCCACCCGAGUUUCCCUCAGCGCGACCUGCGCUUCCGUCGCACUCCGAUUACGUCGCAGGAAACGGCUCUCCCGGGGGGAGGCGAAGAGGCGAGCGUCGUUGUGGGUGCCUGUCGGCUGGGCGAAGGACGGGAGGCGGAGUGACGAUGAUGGCGGUGCGGCCGGCGACAUGGCGGGCUCUGAGAGGACUGCUAGCCGGCCAAAGGAGGCGGCUUUCAGGGGCUCCGCAGCAGCAAGGUAACGGCGCUCUGUCCUUUGCAAUCCCGCCAGAAGGGCGAGCGAGCCUGGCGGGACGCCCGGCGGAUCGCGAGUUUCAGCAGAAGCAGCUGGUAGGCGGCUCCCUUCCGCGGCUGCGAUGGCAUCUGCCUCCUGGGCAAUGUUAUGUUUUCCGCUGCUGCGGGCUUGGGAAGCUCGCGCAGGGGAAAAAAACCAAACACGAGUGAGAGUCGCCUGGUCCCUUCUUCCCUAAGGCAGCUUGCUCAGUAUUUCAUUUUUUUCCUGUUGAGGGCUUACUCUCUGAAGUGGGUUUGCUGUCAUCUGAAGUGGGUUUGCUGUCAACCUUGGCUGAAUGUGAAAGUAGUAGAGGAUCGGAGCCGUAGAGCCGCAAGAUCCGACGGGGUAGAGCCGCCGCAGCGACGCUCCUACUAGCCCCGGGCACGAUGCGAAGAGCUCAAGCGCAGAAAGAGAACGUGUAAAUAAAUAGCUACGCCUCCCGGUGUUGUGGUGGUCCGUCCAACUUUCUCUCCCGUCAGCUGCAGCAAACGGCAUUGCGAUUGAGUCCUACUGUCGCAGCCCAAGGGAUAGUUGAGAUGACGGGGGUGGGAUUACAGCCCUUUGAAAGUUACAGGCCCAACCUUGGGUUUGCAAAAGUGGCGUAGUUAGUAAAUGUUGGAAGGGCAGGAACUCAUCGCGACAGCUCACGUGAUUACAUUCCUAAGAACAGUUAAAGGGUGGGGAGUAGGCAUCUUUGUUGAUCAGCAAUACAUUGCAUAAUGCCCAUUUUUAGAAUGGGAGGGACUUGGGUUCGCAUCUUCAAUCAGCCAUGAAGUUCACUGGGUGACCUUGGGCCAGUUAAAGUCUGAGCCUAGCCUACCUAAUAAAAGUAUUAUGUGCCAGACCAGAUCCAACUUCCAAGCUUGCAGUGCUGACAAAUACUGCCCAGUCAGAUGCCAUUGCUCCAGGUAUGAAUAACUACUGAAGCUCCCAUGUUCCUGCUCCGCUGCAUCACUGGUUGGAAACCUUUUCUCAGCAAUCCUAAUAGGAACCAAACAUUCUGAAUCUGAAAAUGUUUUAUAUGUUACAUAUAGCUAAGCUAUGGAGAUAAUAUUGCUCUUUGAACACUUCACUAUUGUGUGAGCUCAGUUCAAUUGAUUUCUGCUGGUGGUUCAGUUUCAAACUUUUAAAAUGCCACUUUCUGGUUGAAAUGCUUUGUUAUAGCUGCCUGAAUAUUAUAGUCCUGUGUAUCAGCUUCUGAAGCUGAACUUAAAGUGGAAGUAUUUUUGAAAAAUAUGUUUUAACCACCUGUCUGAAUUGCUUGUGCAUUAAUUAAUCUUCAUAUUAUACUACAUACUGGAAUAAGUCCUCCACCCCAUAGUAGAAAUGGUAUCUUCUGCAAAUUUGCAUUUGUCACUCAUAUAGUUGUCUUUCCCUAGGCAUAGGCAGUGCUGAUGAAACUUCGCUACGACCAUUGUACAUGGAUGUCCAAGCAACUACUCCUAUGGUUUGUGAACUAAGUACUGUACUCUUUUGAGGAGCAUUUGUUUAAACAAACACAUUGUUUACAGAGUAGUCCUGCACUAUUUACUCAGUGGUAAAUCCUACUAUGUUCAGUGGGGGCUUAUUGCUAGGUAAGUGCAUAGGAUCACAGUCCAAGUUUCCUGUCUACCCUGAGAUGUUUGAUAGGUAAGAGAAUAAUACAAUGUGAUAUCUGACUAAGAUGUACUCAGGCUAGAACUGUAGAAAUGAUAAUUCCUAGAGUCUGACUGAGUCAGAUACUUCUCAUUGGAUCUAGUAGUAAGAGAACAUGGCUGAACAUUUACAGCCUGUUCUUAAUCACAUUUUAAUCCUAUUUACUCUGAAAUAAAAGACUGCUGCCAUACUGGCCGUACUGUCUUGUGUACACAAACAGAAAGAAGAUUGUAGCCUUAAUAACAGGUCUGGGUGUGUUCCAAGCAUUUGGGUGUGUAGGGGAAAACUCUUCGAUACAGAUUUUUUUUUUAAUGAUGAAAUGAAAUAGAAUAACUAUUAAUAUUUUGUUCUAGGACCCUAGGGUUUUGGAUACCAUGCUUCCCUAUCUUGUGCAUUUUUAUGGUAACCCACACUCAAGAACUCAUGCUUAUGGUUGGGAGAGUGAAUCUGCUAUGGAAAAAGCUAGACAGGUGAGAUUUCUGCAUUUUUCUUAUAAUUUGUUUAUGAACUGCUUAUCAGUCAAAUCUCAUGGCAGUAUAUGUAUGGGAAUUUCAUCCAGAAGACAAAUUGUAUCGAGGAGUUAGUGAUCUGACAUGGUUACCCUUCCUGCCUCUGUUCCUUCCCCCUCCCUCGCUGUUGUUAAUUUUUUUUGCUGGUGUGAGAACAGUCUUUAAUGUCCUGAGAACGAGAAGGUGAUGCCCCCCCCCACAGCUGCCUUAAUCAGUUGUGGAGGAUAAUGCCGGGUACCUUCUUUGCUAUUGGACAUUGUUUUGAGAAAGUGAGACAUUGGGAGGGAGGGAGGGGGCAGCUAAUGGAUUAUCUGCAGGUAGCCAGUCUAGGAAGGCACAAGGCUAUCUAUAAAAUCAGGUGGUUUGGGCAGAGUUUCUCUGAAGCUCAUGCACGGACUGAUUGGCUGCAGGGCCGUGCAAACUGAGACUACCUGGGGGAGUCACUUUGCCACUUCUUGUGGGCUUCCAAGUAGCAGAUUGAAGUGCUUGCUUUGUAUACAUUGCUUGCUGUUUUAGAAUACAAUCUUUAAUCUUCUCACUCACCUGUGUAUUUUGUAUUGCUUCUGAAUCUUAUUUUAAAAGAAUCACCUUGCCUUUGGCAAGACAGUAUAGAAAAUAAAGAAAAGCAAGAUACAAACAUAAAACAGUUAAGAGUACAUUAAACCCAAUGUAAAACCAACAUGAACAAUAGCCAGUAGUGCUAUCCUGAAAAAGCCUGGCAUUCAGUGCCAGUUGCAGCUUCCAGACAAACCUCAAGGGCAGCUUCACAUAGAGCACAUUCUAGUAAUUCAACCUUGAGGGGAUAAAUAUAUGGACCACUGUGGCCAAGCUAUCCUUGUGCAGCCAAAACUGAUAGAAAGCUGAAAGAAGGUGCUCUGAGCCCAAGACUACUUGGGCCUAUAGUGACAAAGUUGGAGUCAGCAGUACACCUAAGCUACAUACCUGAUUGUUCAGGAAGAAUGCAGUCCAACCCAGGAUAGGCAACUGAGCUGCCUUCUGGACUUGGGUACCAGUUACCCACAGAGCUUCCAUCUUGUCAGGAUUCAUUUUCAGUUUAUUGGCUAUCAUCCAUCCCACAACUUCAUCCAAGCAUGUUUAAUAUUUGCAUAGCCUCAUCUGAUUUAGAUUUCAGAGAGAAAUAGAUAGAGCAGGGUGUCAUCAGCAUACUGGUAACACCUUACUCCAAAUCUCCUAACAACGACACCUAACAGCUUCAUACAGAUGUUAAACAGCCUUGGGGUCAGGACAGUUUCCUGUGGCACCCCAUAGCACACUUUGCGGGGGGCCAACAAAACUCCCAUGCGGUGCUACUCUUUGAAAUCAGCCCUGGAGAUAGGAGCAAAACCACUGCAACACAGUGCCUCCAACACUCAUCCCAGGAGGUUACUAUUGUUAAUGGCAUCAAAAGUCUCUGGGAGAUCAAGUAAUAGCAGCAGGGUCACACUCCCCUGUCCCUUUUUUGAUAAAGACAACCCAUCAGCAACCGAGGCAAUUCAGCCAUGAAAUCAGACCUGAAUCAAGAUUGCAGUGGGUUAGUGGGUUAAGGUAAUCUGUCCUCCAAGAAUGCCUGUAUAUGUGCUGCUGCUACCUUCCCUCUAAAAGAGGGUACUAGUGACCAGGCAGUAGGUGGCAAAUGCUACUGGACCAAGUUUUGUUUUGUUUUUAAUAUAAAGAAGUGGCUGCACCACCACCUGUGGGCAUAAAAAUGCAGUUUAAUUCUAAAUCUGCCUUUGCUGACUUAUGAAGCUGUUGGGUUUUGAAAGAUGCUACAAAAAUUGUCUGGUGAAUGUGGUUUUCUGCCUCAAAGUAGUAACAUUAUAUUAUUGUGUUCUGUCUUUUUUUAAACAGCAAGUUGCAUCGUUAAUAGGAGCAGAUCCUAGAGAAAUUAUUUUUACCAGUGGGGCAACAGAAUCAAACAACAUAGCAAUUAAGGUAAAUGAGUAUAUUGUAAUGCCAAGUGAUGGUGAUGUAAAAACAAUUCACAGUAGUCUGGAUGUUCAAAUAUUACUGUCCUGUCUUGUGUUAUAAUUAAGGCAGAAGCUUAAUACAAUUGCAGCAACUAACAGUGCAAUCCUGUGUAUAUUUUUUGGCUUUACCUGAGAAUAAAUAAAAGUAUUGGCAAGUCUUAAAAAGUGCUAAACCUAUUACCUUGUGUGCAGUUUUUUUUAAAAGUCUGUGGAAGUCACAAUUCUCUCAUAAAGUUAUUUGGAUAAUGUUAUUGUUUUUGCAUUUGCAGGAUGAGCAUACUGAGUCAUGUUAAAUAUCUAGAGAUACUUUGUUGUUUCUGAUAGAAAUGUAUUGUAAUUGUAACUUGGUUGAGAUCGUAUAGCGAUAUACUGUAAGUUCCUAAAACAACUUGGUGUAAACGUAACCAGGUUCACAGCACACUCCUAUGCACGUCUACUCAAAAGUAAGUCCUACUGAAUUCCGUGGGACUUCUUUGGGUAAGUGUGCAUAAGAGCCUCAGGCUGUGGUCUUGAACUCACUUAUUAGGAGGUAAGCCCUAUUGAACACAGUGGGACUUCCUUCUGUGCAGACAUGCAUGUAAGAUUGUACUGGUAGUUGAAUUAAACUUCUGCCUUCCUUAAAGUAGAUUGCACUAAUGAUUCUUGAUGUUAAGAGGCCUAUUGUAUAACCAGACCUAAUUCUGCCUGCUUUGUACUUAAAACAGUUAUGCAAAGAGAGAGUUGCAUUAUCAAAACUAACCGACAGGUCUCUUUUCAAGAUUCUUCUCUGCACUGCAGUUUGUAAGGUUUCUGUGGCUACAGUUUUGCUUUGUAGCUAUUUCCCAUAAUUGCACUGAGGAAAAAUGUUGUAAAAAUAUGUAAAAAAUGAAAAUAUGUAAAAAUGAAACCAUGCCACUUACUUAAAAAACUGAGCUAAAGUUGAAAAUUUUCAAGAUUACUUGGAUAGUUUUUCAUAUGCAAUCCUUUGCAUAUUUACUCACAAGUAAAUCUCAUUGUGUUCAGUGGGGCUUACUCCCAUGUAAGUGUGUACCAUUUUGGGCUGCAAUCCUAUGCACACUUUUGGGAGUAAACCCCCCUGCACUUGGUGGGACCUAGUUCUGAGUAAAUGUGCCUAGGAUUUGUUGUCUAUUGCCUGAAGCUUCAAGGAAACUGGGCGUUUUACAUUUUUUUACAUGAUACUUAUAGAAACUACGGAUUUCCAGCAGUUUUGAUCUAAUUUUUUCCCCCGUUUUAUCUGUGUAAAGGGUGUUGGAAGAUUCUAUAAAUCCAGAAAGAAACAUAUAAUCACAACACAAACAGAACACAAGUGUGUGCUGGAUUCAUGCCGUGCCCUAGAAGCUGAGGGAUUUCAAGUCACAUACUUGCCUGUACAGAAAAAUGGGAUUAUAGAUUUAAAGGUAAAUCACUUGUUUCCAAAUUUGUAUUCAUGUGAUUGCAGCUUCUCCCUUUUUCAGUCCUUUGCAAUGGAAUGUUAACAAAAAUGCAGUCUUCCACUUAGAAUAUGGAUGCUACAGAGAGCUGUCUAAGUAAAAACUGGUGAAAUGUUUGUUGGGUGGCAGUGACAAAAGGGUGAGGUUUACUGCUUACCUAGUAUAUUGUACAAAAUUGGAUCAGUUUAGCAGGUGCAUUCAAAGAAAGGACACUUUAUGUACUAGUAGAAUAAAUUGAUUUAUAUCUCUAACCAUUUAGAGUGCACAUCUUAGCACAGGGAGUAUGCCCUAUUGAAUAUAAUGGUGCUUAUAUGUUAAAAGUGCAGUGUAAUUGUAAAAUAAGUUUCAUUUGCAGUGCUAAUGCAGUUCGAAUUAAUUCUCUUCUAUGAUUUCCACCAGGAUCUAAAAAAUGCAAUACAACCAGACACAGGAUUGGUUUCAGUAAUGACUGUGAAUAAUGAAAUAGGAGUGGUACAGCCAGUUAAGGACAUUGGUAAGUUGACAGUUUGGGUGGAAUUGAUUUUAUGAAAGAUUGUAAGAUGCUUUAUGGAAGAAGUUCCUCAAAAAACUGGUUAUGAAAUUUGAAAUAAAUACUAAAUCAAUCAAACAGACAAACAAACGUCAUAUCUUGAGCUAAAAUGCCAAAUACUUAUAAAGCUCGACAAUGAAGCACACACUGUUGAAGCAUAGAAUAGCUACAUAAUUGUGGUGACUUAGAAACAAAUCACUGGCUCACAAUCAAUAUCUGACAGCUUUUCUAUGUCUGUCAAUAAUUUGUGAAGGUCAAAAUAGAUGUUACAUGUGAGAUCUAUGACCAGAUUUCCAAACCUUUUAAAAAAAGAACUUCAAGGUUGUUGUUUAUGUGUCUACUCUUGGAGCAGGACCGUGGAGGAUUUCCCCCCCCCCUUUUUUUAUUUUGAGCCAUUUCACUCCCAUCUAAAUGCCCACCUCCCAGCAGUUGAAAGCUAACAGUACAGUGAAACACAGACAUCAUUUGUAUUAUAUCUGUUCCCAGAUUUAUUUUGUGAUGACCUCUGGGUUUUAGCAAUACAUUUGAAUUGAUUGAUAAAAUCAGUAUGUUUAAAAUCUUUCAACAUUUUCAUAAAAUAUAAAUAAUAUUUCAUUCUGAACCAUGUUGUUUUUGCAUUGUAGGUCAGAUCUGCAGUUCCCAUAAAAUUUUCUUUCAUACAGAUGCUGCACAGGCAGUUGGGAAAAUUCCUCUAAAUGUCAAUGAUAUGAAAAUUGAUUUAAUGAGCAUCAGUGGCCAUAAAAUCUAUGGUCCCAAAGGUAUUGAUAUUUCUUAUAUUAGAUACUACUUCAUUUUUACUAAUAAAGGUGGCCAGGUUUAUUUGAUUUGGUAGUCAAAUAAACAUUUGGAGAAAUCGCUAACCCUUGUCAAGGCACCAUGAAAAACAGAGACCUUAGUACAGGGCUGGGGAACCUGUGGCCUUCCAGAUGUUGCUGGCCUACAGCUCUAAUCAGCCCUAGCAAUUAUAGCCAAUGAUCAAGGAUGAUGGGACUUGUAGUCCAGAAAUAUAUGGAGGGCCACAGGCUCCCUAUCCCUGCAAUAGUAUUUAAGGAGGAAACAAGAAUAGCAGAGGAAAGCCUGCAACCGUCUUGCAGGGAUGGGCGCUUCAUUCAAAAUAGCUUUCUUCGAAAUAAGUACUUCCAGUGUGGUGUAGUGGUUAAGAGCGGUAGACUUGUAAUCUGGUGAACCAGGUUCACUUCCCUGCUCCUCCACAUGCAGCUGCUGGGUGACCUUGGGCCAGUCACACUUCUUUCAAGUCUCUCAGCCCCACUCACCUCACAGAGUGUUUGUUGUGGGGAAAGGAAAGGAGAAUGUUAGCCACUUUGAGACUCCUUCGGGUAGUGAUAAAGCGGGAUAUCAAAUCCAAACUCCUCCUCUUCUUCCAUAUGAGCACUUUGAACACAACUUGGUUCCUAAACAUUAGUCUGCUAUCCAAGAUGUGGAGACAGCUAUAUGUGGAACAAGCUACAUCUACAAAUGGAUUAAGCUAUGCCUGACCACAUACCUUACACUAUACAGAUCUAUAUGCAGCAGCCUCCAUGCAAACUACUGCACAGGGCACUAAGGGCACAGUCUAUAAUAGACUGUGUGUAUGGAUGUGGCAGUAUGCAUGACUUUCUGCCAGAAUAUUAGAUUAGGAUGCCAGACAGUUAUUUUUCAUUUUCUGGAGUUAAAUAAUGACAAAGGAAGAUCCUGCUGAAGAACACCUCAAGGAUUUUGAUAAAUUUUAGGAGAAGAUACUUAUUUUAUAGAAAUUAGCAAAUGAGGAUUCUUCCAAUUAGAAAUGUAAAUUGAAUAUCUGAAGAUGAGAUCCAACAAAAUGUGAAUGGUUCUGUUCAUGUAACAGGGCUUCUUCUUCCUCUCUUCCCCCCACUGCAGGUCCCUACAGUGAUCCCCCAAAAAUCUUCUCCAGAGGGUUGGAUACCCUUUGGAGUAGAUUUUUGGGGGUGCAUAGGGGGCUGCAAGCUCAAAUGAGAAACUGGAAGUUCUGUUGUGCAACCAGAUUCCCAUUGCACAAGUGGCGGAACAUCACUGGAUGUUGCCCUGAAUGUUUAAAAUGCAUCUCUUGCGACGAAAAAUCUUGAUUAAAAGUUCCUGAAGGAUUUUUUCUAAAUGUUUCUAAAUAUGCUAGGAGACAUACAGUAUGGAAAGUCUACCUGUGUACUGAACAGAAGUAACUUCUUGUUUCUAAGGGGUUGGUGCAAUUUAUGUUCGGCGGCGACCAAGAGUAAGACUGGAACCUAUACAAAGUGGGGGAGGCCAGGAGCGAGGAUUACGUUCUGGGACUGUGCCAACUCCUUUAGCAGUUGGUCUUGGAGCAGCUUGCGAAUUGGCACAACAAGAGAUGGAGGUAUAAAGAGCAGUUCUAGUUGUGUAACUUUUCUUGAUCCAUUUAUUUUACCAUGUUCUUUGAAGCCUUGUUGAUGGUUGAAAGUCUGCAACACAUUCCUUUAACAAUAAUGAUUAGGGUUUAAUAUGAUGCCCUUCUCUGUACUGUAGAGAACUAAUCGUGCUCCAUAAUUCAGCCUUUAUUUUCCUAUAAUAUGUAAAAGCAGUUAUAUAAGCAAAGCAAACUUGGCCUUCUUGGCAGAACAAUUUUCUGAGAUGGUUUUGAGUAUUUCUGAGAUAUUUUAGUAGUGCUAUGUUCAUUCAUUAAGUAGUUCUCUGUGCCAUAUUUCUUACAAACUCUAACCUUUCUGGUCUCUGUCUUGCUGUUGGUAAGAGAAGGCAAGCAGUUUCUAGAACAACUAGUGUUUAUUGAUUAUAAUAAUUGUACAGAGAUGUGCCUCUAUUUCAAGGGCAUCUCUCUUUCUUCUCGAGCAUAGAAUUUUCAAACAAUUUCUUAUAGAAUUUUCCUACUACAUAUUUCUGAAUUUUACAGCAGCAAUUGUGGGAUAGUAGAGCAAACUCAGGGGGUGGAAUCCAAUGUUGUGCAAGCAGACUUCUGUUCACAUAAUGAAUCUAUCCUUUCUUUCUUUCCUCCAUCCCCCCAUGUACCCUGAAAAUGUGGGGCAUAUUUGGGGGUAUUAGAGCAUGGAAGGGAGAGGAGAGGUAGGUGAAGUCCCAUUGUGCAGGUGGAAGUCUAUUCCACUUGCACAUAGCCAGCAUCAGCUUGAUAACCGUAACUCUCAUAUUUAACUUGGGGCUGAAUUUUGCUAUGGUUAUUAUUUGUGUGAGAAAUUGCUCUGACAAAUAUUGUGUUAUUUUGCCUUGUCUUUUUGGUUAACAGGCCAGAUUUGACUGAUAGAACAUUUUUAGUACAUCAAUCAAGGCUCAUCUGCAUGUUUGUAGAAUAGCUAAUAAGUUCUCUUGUUUCUUUUUCAGUAUGACCAUAAGCGAAUUAGUUUAUUAGCUGGCAGAUUAGUUACAAGCAUAAUGUCUGAAAUUCCUGAUGUAGUAAUGAACGGCGAUCCAGUUCAUCGUUAUCCAGGUAUUAUUAGCAGAAUGUUGAGUUCCUCUUUACUUCAGAAAUUGCCUUUGACCAUUUAGGGUUUCUUUUUAAAAUGAAUAUAGUAUUGGAAAUUUUAAAACAGAUUUAAGUGUUAAUCUGGUACAGCAGUAUUGUUUUAGAAUUGAAAGCAAUCUUGUGCUCAUCGGGUACUAGCCCAGAAACUCAACAAAUAGCUUGAAUAUUGCAAAAUUCUCAUCCUCUGUUAUACAAUGCUCUAUAUAUUCAUGACUAGAUGAAAACUGAGAUAAUAUUAUAACAGCAUCAGUGCUAAAGCUUUGGUUGACUCUAAAUAGUUUCACUGUUGCUCUGUUAAGCAUAUGAAGUCAACAUGAAAUUAAGUAGAGAUUGUAGUCACUGAAACACGAUGUUUAAACUAAUUCAGAUAUGUCUUCUGCUUCUGUACUGACCUUAAAUCACUGCAUAAAUCAAUCCCAGUGAAUAGCAGAUUAUGCACAAGCUUUUUUUAUUGUUCUACAUCUUAGUUCUGACUUGUAUGUUUUAGGUAGAGCACUAGGAUAAAUCACUGUGUUAAAGACUGAAUGAAGAAUUCUGUAAUGGUCCAAAGAGCUGCUCAAUAUUUUCUUCCACUUCAUUGUCUUCUGCACAGUUAGCCAGUUUUAGGUUGUUUAGAAAUAAAAAUUAUGGGUGUGCUGGUGAGACAGUUGUUCUGCAUGCAUUUCUGGAAUUAGCAUUUAGCUCUCUAGUGAUCAGAGCUGUGGUGACAUUCACAUUCAAAGGAAAUGAAAAAGAAACAUUCCUUAAAGGGAAAAUAGACUCAGAUUAUUUAAGAGCAGGGUCUUGAGUUCAACCCCCAUGUUGGGCUAAAAAUUCCUGCAUUGCAGGGGGUUGGACUAGAUGACCCUUGUAGUCCCUUCGUACACUAUCAUUCUAUGGUUCUGCAAAAACCCUGUUGUCUAAAGUGCAAUCUUAAAAGAAGCUGACACCGCUUUGUUAACUUUGCAGGCUGCAUUAACUUAUCCUUUGCAUAUGUGGAAGGAGAAAGCCUGCUGAUGGCACUUAAAGAUGUGGCUCUGUCUUCUGGAAGGUAAUAUUGUUGGUGUAAAUUGGAAUGAAUGGGUGAAAUUGCACUAAGCACUUGGACCGUGUCUUGAGCCAACAUGGUGUAGUGGUUAAGAGCAGUGGACUCGUAAUCUGGUGAACCGGGUUUGAUUCCCCGCUCCUCCACAUGCAGUUGCUGGAUGACCUUGGGCUAGUCACACUUCUCUGAAGUCUCUCAGCCUCACUCACCUCAUAGAGUGUUUGUUGUGAGGGAGGAAGGGAAAGGAGAUUGUUAGCCACUUUGAGACUCAUUAAAGGGAGUGAAAGGCGGGAUAUCAAGUCCAAACACCACUUCUUCUUCUUCUUCUUCUUUUUCUUCUUCUUCUUCUUCUUUUUCUUCUUCUUCUUCUUCUUUUUCUUCUUCUUCUUCAGCAGGCCAUCCCUCAUUUCUGGAUUCUGUUUAGAGAAAGACUCAGCUACAUGGGGUGGUUAGAAACAGUUGAAGGCUAAAUACUUAAAACAUGACUCAUUCAUCCUCCCCUUUUCUAAGGAAUGUGUGUACAUGCAGAGGCAGGUAUAAUGCCAAGGUUGAAUUCAGCAACAUUGGCAUCAGUGUGAGGUAUUUGCCAAGUGUGAGGUUUUAUCAUCUUGGUGAAUGUUACAUGCUAUAUGGUUCGGUUCCGUAUAGUAUGGUGAGCUAGCAUGGUAAGGGCAAGUGAUCACUACAAGGUUUGUUUCUGGGACUAGAGAACUCUAUUAUACUAGAUUAGUUCAUGAUGUACCAGCAUCUCUUAAAGUUAAUGUAGCUAGUGUAUUUAUGCUUGUCUUGUGCCAUGAGACAAUAGACACUACAUACUUUGAACUGAACUGAAAUGGAUAGGGGAACUGUGAAAAAGACUGACUACUAAAAAGCAGGAAAACUCUGAUGUUGUGCUAGAAGACUCUGCUGGAGCUGUGCAUACUCUGCUGAUGACACUGGUCAAAGUGUGUUGUAGUAUUAACAACAGAUGGUGGACCCAGGUAUAACAGGUUAUGGGCCAACUGACUUCUAUAAGUCUUACAUAUGUGAGAGAGAAGAGAGAGCCUGGAAUAUGGUCUAAGGACACAUUAUGCGGUCUUUUGUUAAAGCUACGCAAGUCUUAGUCUGGUCAGUGUGCAGAUGAGAGAUUGCCUGGAACUCCCAUGCCAGAUAUUUAAAGGAGUGCAGAAUAAAAGUGGCCUUUUCCACUUCAAGUCACUAGAAUUGAUGAUCUAGAACAAAUCUAUGAGCCAUCUAAUCCAGAAUCUUUCUUUAUUCUGACCAGGGCUGAUUUACUUCCAUUUAUAAGGAGUGUCCUAUUAGCAUUUCUGACUCCUUUCAAAUAUUUCUGAUUCCUUUUAAAAUUCAAUUGGCAAAUGUCAAAUUACAUAAUUUAACCAAGCUUUAUUAGUUAUAACUGGAUCUACUAGAUGGUUAAUUCCUGCUGCUAAUAUCUUUUUGCCCUUUCCUUCCAGUAUUUUAGUCCCCCUAAGUUAUAAGAACUUUGGGCAUUCUUAUUUUCCUGACCACAUAACACACUUUUUAAUAUAUUACCCACCCUGUCUGAUCUUUCCCCCUACUUCACACUUCUUUUUCUAACAUCAAUCUGUUGCUGUACUCUGCCUUCUUUUCUGCUUCUGCAGUUGAAAUGCCUUACCUUCUAUUAAUUAUGCAAUUACACACCCUUCUCUUGCAUAAUUAGUCUUCUUGGUUUGUUUCUGUAGUCAGUAAAUCUUUAGGAGGCAGCGAUAGAGUUAUAAUAAGAGCAUAUUACUCUAGAGCUGUCUGCUAUUUUGAUUUCUAUACCAGUUCUGUGUAAGGACAAAAUGCCAACAUAAUGUUUUUUCUCAUUAGUGCUUGCACAUCUGCGUCUCUGGAACCAUCAUAUGUGUUGCGUGCAAUUGGAACUGAUGAAGACUUGGCUCACUCAUCCAUAAGGCAAGGCUUAUAGUUCUAAAUUAAGCAUAGGCAAACUCGGUCCUCCAGAUGUUUUGGGACUACAACUCCCAUCAUCACUGACCACUGGCCCUGUUAGCUAGGGAUGAUGGGAGUUGUAGUCUGAAAACAUCUGGAGGGCCAACUUUGCCUAUGCCGGUUCUAGACAGUCACAUUCAAUUAUAUUACAUCCAUCAAGAGAAGAAUCCCUUUUUAUCUUUUUAUGUGUGCUAUGUUGCAUCUGAUAAGCUCUUUGCUUUAAUUUCAGGUUUGGCAUUGGCCGUUUCACUACUGAAGAAGAGGUAGAUUAUACCGUAAAAAAAUGCAUACAGCAUGUGAAGAGAUUAAGGGAGAUGAGGUAAAAAAAUAUAAAUCUGAAUAUUAGACAUUAACCAUCACAGGAUUUCUUUAAAAGUCUGUCUGUGGUAAGGAAAUACUGCCAGAAGUCACGGAAUCUCAGUGGUUAGAGCAGAUCAAGAUAGGAGAAGGAAUAUACUAUUUGUUAUCUCUGUAGCUGUGAUCCAGCCAGAUAUUUACAGCAAACUGGCACAAUCCUUAUAAAGCCCAAAUAUGCAUGCAGUCCCAUUAUUUAAGUCACAGAAUCAGGUGGGUCCUAAUAUAUAUAUUUCUCAGGUGUCAAAGGCCAGGGUAAAUACACAUUUAGAAGGGUGGAAAUUCAUAUAUAAAUCUCUUUAUUUCCAUUGCUAGUGUCUCAAUAUACUGUAAUACCCAUCGUGGGUUCAGGCAUUCAACCUUGGUGAAAUUUUGCCAUAACAAAACAUCUUAAUUGGGUAUUUCGGAAGAUAGGAGGCAUUCUUAGACAUAAUUACUUUAUGUAGUUAGAAAGUGUUCUUUGUGGAACUUCGUUUAAAAUAAUAUUUUGUUCUUAUUAAUUAUUUCCUGAAAGUUCUAUUGAUGUCAAAUUAUUUGUAUUUCUGACUGUCCUUGAAUUUUCCUUCUCAUUUCACAGCCCACUGUGGGAAAUGGUACAGGAUGGAGUUGAUUUGAAGAGCAUUAAAUGGACACAACAUUAAGCAAGGAAAUCACUUGUUAUCUUGGAGUGCUUGGAUAUAGAUUAAAGUAAUAUUUUCUCUACAUUCCUGAGUAAAACCAUGUUGUGCUUGUUUUAAAAAUACAAAAUCUUUGGGUAAUCAGUUACGCUUUCUAAAUCUAGAGCCUGAAAACUAAAUCUAAGGCGAUGUUUGUUCAGGUAAAUAACUGUGCUUACAAAUAAUCAAAUACGAAUGGACAUUGUUUCCUGGAACCAAAGAAGUUGCAGUACUUUUAUUUUGGAGGUGACAUUGGUGCAGCUUGAUAUGCCAAAUCUUCAACUGUCUUAUUGUAAAAAUAAUAAAAAAGUAGUUUGUUUCUACUGUAGGUUCUCCCUAGAAUAAUUUGCAUCUGUUUCAGCAACAUCUGUCUUAUUGCAAAACUUGUGUUCAGACAGACAGUAUGGUCGGAAGUAAUCCUCUUACAGAAGGCAGUCUUCCAUCUAAAAAGUCCAUGUUUUAUAUUUGAGCAGUGGCAUUUGCUACAUAGCAAUGAAUUCAACUGUGCCUAAGGUUUACUAGCUCCCAAAUGCAGAUCACAUUCACUUUUUCACAAAUUCACCUUUUCCUUACCUUUACCCUUGAUUUGUUAUCACAAUUUUUUUCUCCUGCUUUCCAGAAUAAUUUUUUCUGAGCUAUUUAUUGAUUUAUUUUUGAGUGACAAUGGAAGAUUUCAAUGUAAUGUUUUUCCUGUAGAGCAACAUAUUUUGGUUUUUGCUGAUAAGAAGCUAUGGUCUUGAGAAUGAGAUUGUGUCUGUCUAGAAAUAUCCCAGUUAUAGAAAUAUCCCAGGUUGAUCAUCACUUAAAAAAAUAAAACAAUGUCAUUGCCUUUCACUUCAGGGUGCCUGACAGUGCUAGAUUAAGUUAAACUGGUGAGGCUAGUAUUUUUGGUACUCAGAAAUGUGUGCCCUCAAUUGUAUCGGAUUUUUUUUUUUUACUGGUAUUACUUUUUCUAAUAGUAGAAAGAAAACAUCUAUUUAAGGGAAGUUUUUAGUUUUUUUACUGCUUUCUGAAAUAAAUGCAGGAAGGAAAUUUAACUGUCUAUAAUAAAUGAACGCUUGUCUUAUGCAGCUUUGUGUGCACACCAUUUUGAAGGAAAUGGCUGCUGACCCUAGGCAAUGGACUGUUAGCACUCAAUCAAUGAAGUAUCACUUGCCUUAACUACGAGUCCUAUACACACAACGCAUAUACUCCCAGUGAAAUUGUAUCAGCUUCCUUGAGAUAAUGUUUAUUGCAAACCUGUUCUGGCAAAACUGCUUCAUGUAGGAGAGUUCUUAAUUUGCAAAAUCGUUACAGAAGUUUUCAAAAGCAUGGUUUAAAACGGAAGAAGCAUUGAUACUGCAAUGAUGACAGUUUUAUUACCAUAUCACAAAAUUAAAUUUAAUUUUGUGGGCAAGCCAUUAAUUCCCCGCCGCCCCCCCCUCAGGUAAUUUAAAAAAAAACAGCUUUGGAACACUUCUUACACUCUACACUGCUUCUUACACUGUACACAUAGACUUUUUCAGACAUUUAUUUUUGUUGUUUUAGAGGAAUUCUGUGCAAUAUAAGUACAGUGAAAGAGAAAGGACAUAUUACAGGCAGACAGAGAAAAGAUAAUGUGUUAAAAACAAAAUACUGAGUUAAAAUUGGCACAAAAAUGCUUUUCUAUGUUUAACUUAGUAAUGUGGCACUCAUCUAUUAAUAAAGAGAUAAAAGCAGCUUUUA